AUCAGGAAUAAAAGAAUCUCUUUCAGCCUCGGUUUCUGACGGUUUCUGACAAGCUAGUAAAAUGGACUCUCUAAUUUCCCUCCUUGUUCUUUCAACACUACCACAGCUCGUGGCAGCUGAAGUUCCCAGUGUGACCUCGUUCAGAGCUGAGGUGGAGCUCAUGUCUGGGGCUUCAAGGAUCUUCUCUGGAGAGGGUGUGAGGCUGAAAUGCAGCAUUCCUGAUGUCCAUAAUUCCGAGUGGAAAUACCUGUGGUUCAGAGGAUCUGAUCAGCUCCCACAGACUCAGGAGCACCUCGUUCUGUGGAAAAGCAAGGUUAAAGAUAGUGGGAAAUAUUACUGCCAGGGUGUGAGGAAUACAAAUUUUGGAAACAUCCACACCCUCAAAAGUCUGCCUGUGGAGGUCAAUGUUGAUGGAGGGUGGGCUAUCCUGCAAGUUCCACCACCUCCUGGCCUCGUCGGAGACACCUUGAAGCUCACCUGUCAACUGCUCAUCAAAGCCCAACUUCACGAGGUGAUUCUAUACAAAGAUGGCGUUGAAGUUAUGAGACAAAUUGGCUUCAACCCACAUUUCUACCUGACCAACUUGACCCUCGAGGACCAAGGGAAUUACUCUUGUAGGGCGUCCUGGGACGCAGAUGGGCGUACACACUCUGCCAUUUCAGUUGACGCUUCAGUUCAGGUCGCAGAGGUCCUGUCGCAGCCACUUUUGGAGAUUGUUGCAGACAAUAACCUGUUUCCAAUACAUUUUAUGAAGCUCAUCUGCCACCUACAAUACAACGCCCGUGCUCCCGCCCCCCCAAUACACUUCUAUUUCUACAAGAAUAAACAGCAAGUGGCAACGGCGAGCUCUGAGAAAAGUGUCAUGGUGAAUCGUACUCCAGGCCAGUAUAGCUGCAAGGCCAGGGUGCCUCAGUUGGGAAUCUCCAGGGAGAGCAAACUCAGAUCCUUUGGCCAAGUAACAGACCUGCCUCCUGCUGCUGAACCAACUGCAACCCGACCCUCCUCUCACCAAUCCACUGUAACUCCUACUGUUUCUCACCCAACUGGAGUGAGCAUCCAAUCCUCAUAUCCAACCCUGCAGCCUCAGCAGUCAGCAACAAGCACUUUCCUAUCUGCAGUCCCGUCUCCUUAUCAAACUGUGGCUGCUAUGGAAUCAGGAGACACGUCUGAAGAAUCAGGCGACACGUCUGAAGAAUCAGGCGACACGUCUGGAGAAUCAGGCAGCACGUCUGAAGAAUCAGGCGACACGUCUGAAGAAUCAGGCGACACGUCUGGAGAAUCAGGCAGCACGUCUGAAGAAUCAGGCGACACGUCUGGAGAACGUUGACAAAUAAUGAGAAACUGCCCAAUGAAUAGGUAUUUGAAAUGAAUCAUACGUAUGGGGCCAUUGUGCUCUGAGUACAAGUUUUUAAUACGAUUCUUUGUGUAAUAUUAAUUUAACCUCUUGUAUAAACUAACUGAAUCAGUACUGUUGAAGAUCAUUAACUACUGCCAUAUUUUUUAAAUUAAAGAAGUUUUCUGUACUACCGGAUUUUAUUUUGACUGAAUUGUUUUUACUACUGUACAGCAUUACAGUUUACCGUUUUUAUGAGAAGUAUUUAUAAAUUUAGACAGUCGAUUUACAUAAAAAGUCUUAUUAUCUAAAGGUCGCAGUGAUAUCUUUUAUUUACUCAGCACAUAAGUCAUACAUUUGUAUGUCUGUCUUUGCAAUUUGAUGGAUGGCCUGAGCCAUCCGACAGUGUGGGUUAACAGCACGUAGAUGUCAGAGUGCGGCAGCAGUAAACAAAGAGAUGGAAGACGGGGGGGGAACAAAAAGUAUCAAGCGGUGAAGGAACUUCUUUAUGAGGGUGGGACACAUCGGCAAGACUAAAUAAA